UAAGGACACGCCCAAGAAGACACUCGUGAGUUCAUCUUCAGCAUCAAGAUUCAACUUCAUUUUCCUCUAAAUAUCACCAAAAAGGCAAAUUUUUCAUCACUCAAAAAAUUGCUUAUGUAGUUUCAAGAAUCAAAAUGACAAUUGGUGGCACUUUCCCAAAUCUCCCUCAACUCAUUCUUCUUCUUCCAUUAAUCUUGGCCACCAUUAUUUGUUCGGUAUAUGCAACGUGUCAGCUCAGCUUUAAGCAGGAUAAUAAGCUUUAUAAUUACAGCUUAACAAAACCAACUCGUUCUACAAGGUGGCUGUUAAUGGGACUGUGCUAUGGUUUCAGGUUGGCUGCAUCAGCUCUGUGAUGCAAUGAUUUUCAACCAUGAUCCUCCUACCUGUGUUGAGUGUGGGGACUGUGGUGGUAUUUCUCGUUGUGGAAUGGGCUGUAGUGCCCUUGUUGCUAACACUGUCGGAGGUUAUCCCGUGUGCACUACUCUUGGAUAUUCAUCAAGCACGUCCUUUGAACUCAUUGACAAAAAGGAUCCACUCAAAGGCAUCAUGGCUAAACUGUCUAACAGAGGGCCAAAGGACAACUGUUCACUUGCUGUGUCUAUUGUAUGUGAUACAAAUGGAGUUCAAGCUCCUCAGACACUUGAAUUAGUUGGAACUUGUGAUUACGCUACACAAAUACAUCACCCUUCUGGCUGUGCAGCGAUUAUAUCAUCUCACGGGCAAGGAAUGGGCUGGUUUGGUACCAUGUUGAUCACAAUCCUAUUCUUCUUUGGAGUUUACUUGCUGGGUGGUGCAGUCUAUCGGUACUGCUCUUUGGGCAUUCGUGGGAUAGACAUAAUUCCAAACUUGGAGUUUUGGGCAAGCUUGCCACAUACAUUACAGAGUUCAUUUAUAUCAUUGGUGCGGAGAUUUAGAGGACCUUCUCAUGGUCACAGGAGCUCGUAUUCUCCUGUCAAUUUUUGAGCAAUAACAUGUUAACUACUCAUAUGAUAUGAUGAAUCAUUUUUUGGACGUGGAUCGACAAUUGAGUUGUUGCUUCAAGAAAAUCAGAUCCCCGCGUGUCUCUCCAGUAAGACUAAAACUGGACAUAUAGCUUCUCUCUUUCUCAUGGAAAUCACUUCAAUUGUUUGUAAUUUCUUUGAAUAGGCUGUCAUUUUGUGCUAGUUCCUUUUUCUAGGCUGUCAUUUUGUGCUAGUUCCUUUUUCUCUCUCUUUUUCUUUUCCAGUAUCAUUGUGUUCUAGUUAACAACAUUUUUUUGUAGGCUCUUGUGCUUCUACCAUGAACAGGAUUUGGAUCUGUACUUCAUUGUGCCACUAGUUUUUUUUGGAUACGAGGUCUCACAAUUUGUCGCGAUUUCAUCGAAAUACUAUGGUGCUAAUACGAUGAUUCUUGUUAUUGAA